CAAAAGUGCGACUUGCUGUCUGUUUCAGUUCAUAAAUUGAAAUUAAACAAAUAUGAACGAGUUACUCGCACAGUUGCUAAUUUUCGCGAUACCACUUAUUAUUUUUUUCCUGAUAGCAGAUUAUCAGAAAAAACAAAAUGUGUUUAAGGGUACCAAAUUUUGUGGUCCAACGCCUCUUCCAAUUCUUGGCAAUGGACUCAUCUUAUCUGGAAAAAGUUCAGCAGAAAUCUUUACUACUUGUGAAGAUCUCGUGAAAACUUACGGGUCAUGUGUAAGAAUGUGGCUGGGAAGUACUCUUAAUAUUAUGAUAAGUGACCCAAAAUAUGUUGAGAUAUUACUGAGUAGUAAUACGCUUAUCGAUAAAUCAGAAGAUUACACAUUUCUUCGAAAUUGGUUAGGAGAUGGACUACUUCUCAGCACUGGAAAAAAGUGGCACAGCCGGAGAAAAAUCAUCACUCCUACAUUUCAUUUCAAGAUUCUGGAACAAUUUGUGGAAAUAUUUGACCGGCAGGGAGACACCUUUGUAGAGACUCUGAAGAAGGUGAAGCCCAACGGGAGUGUCAAUAUCUACCCUCUGGUUACCCUCUACGCUCUGGACGUUAUUUGUGAAUCUGCUAUGGGAACUACGGCCAAUGCUCAGCUCAACAGUGACUCCGAAUACGUCAGAGCUGUACAAGACAUUACAAAUGUUAUACAUUUGCGAAUGUUCGACUUUUUGUUACGACCAGAACCAUUUUUCAAGAUAUCCAGGAUUGCUCGGCGUGAGAAGAAAGCCAUAAAGGUGUUGCAUGAUUUCACAGAUCGUGUGAUAGUUGCAAGAAGGAAUGAGCUUUUACAGAGUGGGAAACAAGAUAACAAUUACAAUAGAUACACUGGGGAUGAUGGUCUGGGUAUUAAGAAGAAAAUGGCUUUGCUGGAUGUCCUUCUGCAAUCUACUGUGGAUGGGAAACCUCUCACGAAUAUGGAUAUUCGUGAGGAGGUUGACACUUUCAUGUUUGCGGGUCACGACACCACAACAUCAGGUAUCUCAUUCCUCUUAUAUAACAUCGCUCUGUAUCCAGAUGUGCAGAAGAAGAUUGUCGAGGAAAUAAAAGAAAUUUUUGGGAAUGAUACGAGAGUUCCUACCAUCAGUGACCUAAAUAACUUACAAUACUUGGAUUUGGUGAUAAAGGAAAGCAUGAGAUUGUUUCCCCCUGUGCCUAUAGUUGGGAGACAGUCAGAUGUGGACACCAAGCUGGGUGAUGUAACAAUACCAGCUGGAUCAGGAAUUACAGUUAGCGCCUAUUUUUUGGGGCGCGACCCUAAUUUGUUCCCUAACCCAGAAACUUUCGAUCCCGAACGUUUCAACGUAGAGCGCAGCGUCGAGACACAGAAUCCCUACAGCUAUGUACCUUUCAGUGCUGGUCCGAGGAAUUGUAUUGGUCAGAAAUAUGCCAUACUCGAAAUGAAGAGCAUUGCCGCAAAAAUUGUAAAAAAUUUUGAACUAAGUGUUCAUGAAGACUACAAAAAACCAAUUCUUAUGGCUGAAAUUGUGCUAAGGCCCGAAAAUGGGGUUCACUUAAAAUUUAAAGUUCGUGAAAAUUGUUAGAUGUAACUAUAUUACGAUGUACUUAUGAAAUGUGUAAAAUAUUAUUUAAGAUUUUUAUACAUCAUUUUAUGAUUUUAUGAGGAAAAUGCAAUAAAACUGUUUUAAUUAUUAUUUAUAUAGAA